CUUAUCUUAAAAUAAAAAUUAUUUCUCGGAUGAAUGGUCUUUGCUACGAUCGACGGUGGACUGUUUUUGGUUGUCUAUUGUCAAGAGACUCUGGUACUAAGAGGCUACAAGUCUAUUUGCUGACAGCGGACUUCAGUGCAUUCUAUCGCAGCAACAGAAAAAAAGGGAAUAAAGAUGAAACCAGAAAACGAAUGGAUCAUCACAGUACUCUACGCAAUCACGAUGCUCAUAGCGUUUGCAGGGAAUAUUUUCCUUAUCUACAUCGUGUGGAAGAAACCUGAAGUCAGAUCACUGACAAGCUUUAUGUUCGUGAACAUGGCCAUCGCUGAUUUGCUAGUAACCCUGGUUGUGAUGCCUUGGUCGAUUUCCAUAGUAUAUACAGAUGGUUUGUGGAUAAUCCCGGGAGUAUUUGGAAAAGUUAUGUGCAAAGGUGUUGUAUACAUUGCCUAUGUCACUUUAACAGCAUCCAUCCUCUGCCUGACGUUCAUGGCGAUCGACAGGUACUAUGCCAUCGUUCAUCCCCUCCGCCGCCAUCUUUGGUUUCGAAAGCCUAAACUAACCGUUCCAUUUAUUUGGAUCGGGUCACUGGUCUCCAUGUCCAUUUUCCUUGUUGUUCAAACCGUGGAGGACCACAAUUCCCGAUGCAUGCUAUCUGUUUACAUCUUGGGUGAUCCAGAGAGGGCUCUUCGAGGAAUAUACCUCCUCCUUUUCGUCGUCAACUAUCUCAUCCCCUUGGUCGUUAUUUCUUUCCUGUAUACCAUCACUGCAUGGAAUUUAUGGUUCAAUGUUGCACCUGGAGUGAAUACUUUGAGAAGAGAUCGAGCGCAACUCGAAACCUCCAAGAGAAGAGUGGUUCGGAUGCUCAUUAUUGUUACCUGUGCUUUUGCCCUUUGUUGGCUCCCACCACAAGUGGUCCACAUGAUGUACGUCAUUCACGCAUCUAAGGCUGACCUACACAUACAGCCGAUUGUCAGCUUUGUGUGUUUUUGGUUUGGACACGCCAACAGUGCCGUUAACCCAUGGCUGUACAUUUUUCUGAGCACCAAGAUAAAUACGGCAUUUACUAGGAUCGUCAGUAGAAAAAGCAGCCGGUUGCCUUCAAGAACCACUACCAAAAGAUCAGAUGCCGUCUUACCACCUGAAAAUGAAGCAAUCCAGAAAGAAUCAAGAGUAUAAUCUCUCUCAUAACAUGAAACUUUUAGUGUAGGCAGUGUAGUGAGGGUGCUGAACUAGUAAUCUGGUGUUCAGGGGUGCAAGUCCUCUACCUUAUGACUCGCUUGUUUGUUCUCGUUUUUCCUUCGGGUCGAUUCCGUGACUCGCUUUGUAUACAGCCAACUGGUGUGCCCACUGCUGGUUGAGAUUUUUAAACAUGAUUAUUUACAACGUCUGUUUUCCAAUUUGAUUGAAAUGGCUAUGAAAGCCCCAUAGGGGUACUGUUCA